AUGGAUGUGGAUGAAGGAUAUGCCGACUUGGAGCACCAACAUCAACCAUCGCCUCAACCAAACAUUGAUAUGGAAUUCAUUGGGCCUGGGGAUCACCUGUAUCGAAACUAUCAUACGGGUCUCAAUGCCAGACCAUGCAACAUGGAUGGUAUAUUCCUCCUCCCUGGCACUCCACCCCCACCUUUGGAGAACGUAGCAACUGGCGACUGGACACCCUUUUGCAAUCGUACAGAAUUCGAAAUGGCAGAGUUCCUGUAUAUGCAAAAUCAGAUGCCGGCAGGUCAAAUCAACCAGUUGCUGGAUUUAUGGGCAUCUACCCUUGCGAAACAUGGCGACAAGCCGCCAUUCGCAGAUCAUCGUGAUCUGUACGACAUCAUCAAUAAUUCACCAUUUGGGGACGUGAAUUGGCAAAAUUUUACAGUAACUUACGAUGUCUGGUUUCGUGACCCACGUGAAGUCGUGCGCAAUAUGCUUGCAAAUCCAACAUACACCAGUGAAGUAGACUACUGCCCCUAUCGAGAAUAUUCAACCGAGGGCGACAAGCGCCAGUGGAAGGAUUUUAUGUCUGGUGACGGGGCAUGGGAUCAGGCAGAUGAAAUAGCUAAGGACCCGAGCACGCUCGGCUCUACGUUUGUCCCUAUCAUCCUUGGCAGUGACAAAACGACAGUUUCAGUCGGGACAGGUAAUAAUGAGUAUUAUCCGCUAUAUGCCUCAAUUGGGAACAUUCGCAACAAUGUUCGACGAGCCCAUCGUGAUGGAGUAGCAGUCAUUGGCUUCCUUGCUAUGGCGACAAAUGUGUCGUGGUGCGGUGUAGAAACAAACAAUACAGAGAGGAACAAUGAUGCUCCAAACUCUACAAAGGAACAUGCUACCGAGGCAGUGUUCCGAAAAUUCUGUCGACAGCUGUUCCAUUCGUCACUCUCCAAGAUUCUCAACACGCUGAAACCAGGCAUGACAACCCCCGAAGUCACUCAUUUUGGAGACGGUCACUACCGUCGGGUUAUAUACGGACUAGGGCCAUACAUAGCAGAUUAUGAGGAGCAAGCGCUGUUAGCAUGUAUCGUGCGUGGUUGGUGCUCUAAAUGUAUGGCAUCUCGCGAGGAUCUCGACGAAGAUGUGUUACAUCAUUGUCGUGAAUACACAGAAGCACUCGUUCAAGAAGGUUCCUUAGGUGACCUGUGGGAUGACUUUGGAAUAGUCGGGGAACUUGUAGCAUUUACAAACGACUUCCCCAGAGCUGACAUCCAUCAGAUGAUCUCACUGGAUAUUCUCCAUCAACUCAUCAAAGGAGCAUUCAAGGACCACCUCGUCGAAUGGGUCGAGAAAUACCUCAGACACACGCAUACGAAACGAAAGGCGGAUCAAAUUAUGGAUGAUAUUGAUUGCAGAAUUGCCGCUGGACGUGGCUUCAAGCAAUGGACAGGAGAUGAUUCGAAGGCCCUGAUGAAGGUCUACUUGCCUGCCAUCGAGGGUCAUGUACCCGUAGAUGUCGUGCGCACCUUUCGUGCACUUCUCAAAUUUUGUUACCUAGUCCGUCAUAACAUAAUCACAGAAGACACUCUAGUCGAAAUCGAAGACGCUCUCUCACGCUUUCACCAUUACCGUAACAUCUUCAGGACGACAGGAGUGGUUCCUACCUUUUCCCUACCUCGUCAACAUUCACUCAAGCACUAUCACAUCAAAGCGGUCAAGGAGCCAUGGAGACGAUCCAGCCAUUAUAAUGCACUUGGUCAAAUACUUGUGACCAACCAAUGGCUCGACAAACUUUCUGCAGCACGAGCUGACUUCACACGUCAGGGAAUGUUAACUGGUACUUGCCUCUCAGUAACUAUGGACACCUUGGUACCCGCACAGCAGAUCAAUGAACUUGAUGAAAAUGUGCCGGCACCAGCACCAGCACCAGCACCAGCACCUCUGCUGAUCAGCAUCAAUGAGGACCUGGAAAUUGAUGAUGGUCUGACGGUUCUACAAGCUUAUGUCCAGCUGGCGAAAACACGCCAGGGCAAAAAAUGUGCUCAAACUAUUCCUGCACUUGCUGAAGAACUCAAUAUUCCUAGUCUACCUGACCUCCUCAGAUGCUUCUUAUUCCAACAGUUGCAUCCUAAAGAUCCUCGCGACCCAUCUAAUAUACCCCUCACCGAAUGUCCCCUCUAUCUUAGCAAAAUCUCGGUCUUCAAUUCCGCAUCAUCACGAUUCUAUGCACCGAGUGAUUUGAGCGGGAUCGGUGGUAUGCGUGUUGAACACAUUCGUUCUUGCCCCAUCUGGCGGAACGAGUACCAGCGCCAUGACUGUGUUUUCGUCAACACAGACUCCAGUUUGCCUGGCAUGCAAGGCCUCGAAGUCGCCCAUGUUCGUGCAUUUUUCUCAUUCAGCUGGUUCGACAAAGUUGGUGACGCCCCAGAUGAAGAUACAGGAAUGUGGAUAGUUCGUCCUGGAUUUGGAGCAGACAGUGCUCCAGGGUAUGCGGUCAUUCAUAUUGACUCUAUUUAUCGUGCUGCGCAUCUUAUUCCCAUGUAUGGCGUGCAAUUUGUGCCCCAGGAGCUCAAAUUUUAUCAUUCAUAUGACGCAUUUCAAGCCUACUAUGUGAACAAAUAUGCUGAUCACCACGCAUUCGAGAUUGCAUUUUGA